GGAUUGGCGGAGGCGGCCGUGUCAGAGCCCAGGCGCGAGGGGCAGGGCCCGCCCGGCCGCCUCAGGGAAGGAGCCGCCAAGGAGCGGGUCAUUUCUCCGCAGCAAGGACCCAGCGCCCAGACGAGGCGGCAGGCGACGUGCGGAGACUGAGAGAUACCAUGUGUGACUAAAAUGUUUUCGAGGUAGUUUCACUUAAUGAGGUUAUGGGAGAGAAGAACCAUGUCAGAAGAAGCUGUUAGUGAGACACACUUUUCUUUGAGGACAGCAGCUUUACGGGUAUUUGAUUUUCCCCUUUCCUGGUAUUAUUCUGUCAUCCAGGUAAAACUUUCCCCUGGGUUGAAGAAGCUGGUUGUAGUAACAGCAGUAAGUGCAGUUUCUGUAAUUUUUCUGGCACAUCAUUUUAAAAGAAAACGUGGAAAGAAAAACACAGAAGUGUCACCAUGGGAGCCAGGCCAUCUUGUAUUAGAAUGUACUAAAACAGCUGCAUCAGAAAAAGGUUCCAGUUGUUCCAGUAGCAGACAAAACUUGACUCUUUCCUUGAGUUCAGCCAAAGAAAAAGGAUCUCAGUCUUGUGUUUAUGCAAAUGGAGGACUUUUCAGUAAAUAUUCUGGUUCAGUACAAAGUUUGGCCUCGGUCCAAAGUGUCACCUCCUCUCACAGUUGUGCUUGUGCCAAUUCCAGUUCCUGGGACAAAGCAGAUGAAGAUAUUAAACUUGUAAAUAUUCCAGUGACCACACCUGAAAACUUAUACUUGAUGGGUAUGGAGCUUUUUGAAGAGGCACUACGUCGAUGGGAGCAGGCACUGACUUUCCGUAGCAGACAGGCUGAAGAUGAAGCAAAUUAUAGUUCCAUCAAACUAGGAGCAGGAGAUGCCAUUGCAGAAGAGAGUGUAGAAGAUAUCAUUAGUGCUGAAUUCAUUCAUAAGCUUGAAUCCCUGCUUCAAAGAGCUUAUCGUCUUCAGGAGGAGUUUGAGGCAACCCUUGGGGCAUCUGAUCCUUCUUCCCUAGCUAAUGAUAUUGAUAAAGAUACUGAUAUAACGGUGAAGAAUACCACAGAAGAUUUCUGUCUGCGAGAUACACUGAGCAUUGCAUCAACAGACUCCUUUGUUUCAGCAGCUGAGCUUACUGAACACAGAGAGAUCCGAAAUACCUAUGGUCUAGAGUCUCUUUGCCAUUGUCCAUUAUAUGAAGAAGCUAUGCACUUAGCAGAAGACGGCAAAAUUUAUUCCAGAAUAUUAAGGACUGAAAUGUUGGAGUGUUUGGGGGACAGUGACUUUCUUGCUAAGCUUCACUGUAUUCGACAGGCUUUUCAGGUCUGUAUUGCCUGGAAAUUUUUCCAGGUAAUUCUUUCAGAAACAGCUAACAGAGUAUUUCUUGCUGAGAGUGGAAGAAAAAUUUUGUCUGCUUUAAUUGUGAGAGCUCGAAAGAAUCCAAAGAAAUUUGAAGAGGUCUUUGAUGAAAUGAUACAUUUUUUAGAGCAAACAGACCACUGGGAUAAUACUGAAAUGGAACUUGCUGCCAGGGGGGUGAAAAAUCUAAAUUUUUACGACAUUGUUCUGGACUUUAUAUUAAUGGAUUCCUUUGAAGAUUUAGAGAAUCCACCCACAUCUAUUCAGAAUGUAGUAAACAACCGCUGGCUUAAUUCCUCUUUUAAAGAAACUGCUGUGGCUUCAAGCUGCUGGUCAGUACUGAAGCAAAAAAGGCAGCAAAUGAAGGUACCUGAUGGGUUUUUUGCACACUUCUAUGCCAUUUGUGAGCAUGUCAGUCCUGUUUUGGCAUGGGGCUUUUUGGGACCUAGAAACUCUCUUUAUGAUUUAUGCUGCUUCUUUAAGGAUCAAGUUCUUUACUUCCUCAAAGACAUUUUUGACUUUGAAAAGGUGCGAUAUUCAACUAUGGAAAAUUUAGCUGAAGAUCUUAUGCAAUUGCUAAUGCGUCGCACUGAACUUUUAAUGGCCUACCUUGGAGCCGAUUCACUAAGGCAUGUCAGUGAUUGCAUAAAUGGUCAUGGACACAUCAUGGCCAAUGGGCUUUUGGAAGAAAAAGUACAAUAAGCUUAAAAAAAACUAAAUUGAGUGCACCUUGCCUUUUUUCCCCCUCCAGUGCUGUCAUUGCUAUUUUUGAGCAAACAUCUGAAAAUGUAACUGUGUUGCUAAAUAUGGAAUGGACUCAGGGAGAUUAAAAAAAAAUUUUAGGAAAAGAACUGGUGAGCAUAUUACACUAUAUAUACCUAAAUUAAAAAUCACAGCUCAGCUGUCUCUGUAUUUAUAUAUAAUGUACCCCAACGUUUUUUUCUGCAAUAUUUGGAUAAAAUUUAUUUAUAAAAUACUGUACAUUUGCCACAGAUAUUAUGUGAUAUGUGGUAUAUGGAGUUAUUAGAUGAGUUUGUCUUUAAGCCUUAUUAUAUGAAAUGUUCAGUACAAACUCUGCAAUGUGCUUUAUGUCUAGGAAGUGUUUCAGCCAAGGUAUACACGUCUUUCAACUUAUUAUGUGAUACACCCGCAAAAAAAAAAAAAGAAAAAAAAAAACUUUACAAAAUAUUUAACUACGCCCUAAAAUUGUGUUUGUGUAUGUAAGCAGUCAUUUUGUAUUGAAACAUAAUGGAGUAAAUGCAGUCACCGUUUGGACAGGUGAAAAUAACAUGAAAAACUCAAUGCUAAUUGGUGUUGGCUUAAAAUAUGUAAAUACAUUAUCACUGAGGUUGACAUUUGAAAUCACUAGUGUGAGAUCACUAUUUGGUAUAUUCUAAAAGUAAUGACAGUUUUUUCAGGUUAAUUAAUUGGUUUAAAACUCAUAUUUCUAGGUUUUUAAAACAAUGCAGUUAUGAAUAAAUUAGUAUCAUUCUUGGUUCAAAUGUAGCAUUUUAACUAUAUUUUAAAGUAAGGCUGUAUGAUAAAACCUAAAGACAUGUUGUUUCUCAAUUAAAUCAGUCUCAGUCUUUUCUUUCAAAAAGCCAACCUUUGGUUUGGGAGAGGACUUUAUAUAUGAGUUUUGGUAAGUGUGUGCAUCUGUUCACACUGGUGCUCAGUUCAGGGAAUCUUUUGUGUAGUCUUGUCUUGAAUUCAGAAUAAAAAGUUUAAGGAAAAACUUUUUCGUGGGUAUCCCUUUGAGAGAAUCCCCAAAGACUCUUUUUAUGGUACUUUAUAAGAAUAGAGUAUUUCAGCAUCUGAGUGAUACACAUAAUAGAAUAAAUGUUUAGCUUUCAAAAUAACAUUUUAGAUUACAGAGUUCCAGGUUCUGAUACUUAAGGCUCCAAAGCUGAAAGUGUUAAGUUUAAUGUUGCAUUAUAGUCCAAAAACAAAAGAGAGCUAAGAUUUUUUUUAUUAAUGUGCUCUUCCACAAUUCAUUUUUUAAAGGAAAACAGAUUAAAACAUUUUAUUUUUAUAUAUAUAAAAAUAUGGAAUAAUCUGUAGCAUCUUAAUGUGCUGGCACCUGCAUUUGUGACUUCUUGACAGUAGUUGCUAAUGCAGACUACAAGCACUAUUGUCACCAUAUGCUAGAUUGUAAGUGGUUUAAGUAGCUACUCUCUUUACUCUGCACUUUCUGGCCCGGAUCCUUAGAUGUUGACAAAAUGUGCUUUGUGCUCUCUUGGUCUCGUAGCAUAUAUUAGAGCAGCUUUCAGGUUGCUGUAACUUGUGCUGGCUGCCAACUGCCAUAUGGUCCAGUACAGUAGCUGGGGAUCACCAGGGUGCAGAGAGCUUGUAGCCAAGUCCCUUUUCCCUGGCCACGUUCCCUACGCUAGCGAUCAGGAGUAAAGAUGGUGCAGGAUCCUGUAUAUCAAACUGAAGUGAUCUUUCCAUGGCUGGCCUCACUGGCUUUCAGGCUGCUUUUGAACUGCUUUUGCACCAGCAGUGUGACAUAAAACAGCCACAACAUUGAGAGAAACUGUCGCAUAUAUAAUAAACUUAAUAUGGGAUAAUUACAAAUAACUCUGCAGCUUUGUAGCUAAAAGUUUCUAGUUUGGAAUAUGUAAAGAAACUGGAAUUGUAUUUAAUUAAAUAUAUUUCUGCUUCUAUUGCAAAAACCAAUCUCAAAAUAUCGGGUAGAAUCCUGGAUAAAGAUAAAAAUUCUGAAUAUAAGAAGGGUGUUGUUAUUACUUGUGAAUCUGUAUGAAAUGUCAACUGAAAUAUUGUUAAAACCAGAAUUAUAUUUGAUGUGUAUGUGUAAUACAGAUACCAAAAACUGUUACUGAUCUGUCUUGUUUCAAGGCACAUAACCUGGCAUCUCACUAUAUGUAUUUUUUCCAAAGAGUAUUUUCAGCUAGUGUGUGGAAUCUUUCACCUUUCCUGUUUAGUUCAAAAGAAAGAUACUCAUUUCCUUAGGCACACAGUUCCAGAAAUUCACAUUUUAACAAUUUAUUGUGAUGUAUAAAACUGAAUUAUACUGAAUAAUGAGAUACUUAAUUAAGAAUCAAACUGGGAAUGGAAGUAUUAAGGAAACAGCAUGCUCUACCCAGCAACCUCACCAGCUGGGAUGAUGUCAAAGGAAGGCCCUGUCCAUUUUCCUCCCUCCAUUAGAACACUGCCACCUAACACUACUGAUGGGGAUGUGGAAAUUAGUUUUUACAAAACCAAAGUUCAAUAGAAAUGUCUUCUUUUAAAUUCUAGUGGACCCAGUUUUUCCCACCCUACUAACAAACAUGCCCCUAUUGGUAGGUGCAACCCAUUGUGCUUGUGCACAAUAUAAAUGUAGAAUUGACUGGAAACUGAAUAGUCUAUUUUAUGAGAAAACUGCAGUUUGUUUUUAAAAAAAUGCAAAAUAGAGAAAAAUUAAUGAAACAAUUAUUGUUAAUAUUCAGUGUUGCAGCCAUGUUGGCCCCAGGAUGAGAGGAAAAACAAUACGAGUGAGAUGAGACAAGCUUUUGAGCACCAGAGAGCUGAAGAAGACCUGAAGAGCUCCGUGGUGCUCAAGAGCUUGUCUCUUUAACCAGCAGAAGUUUGUCCAAUAAAAGAUAUUACUGCACCCACCCUUGUCUCUCUCAAUUAUUUUUAAAUCUAAAGUGGUGUAGAACAGGGGUUCUCAGGCUUCAUUGCUCCAUGACCCCCUUCUGACAGCAAACAUUACUACACGACCCCAGGAUGGGGGAAAGAAGCCUGAGCCCUAGGAGGCAAAGCCAAAACCCAACCCUUCCCCCCUCCCCCAUGCAGGGGGCCCGUAACCUGAGCCCCGCCACCCAGAGCUGAAGCCCUCAGACUUCAGCUUUGGCCCUGGGUGGCAGGGCUUCGGCCUUGGGACUCACAAAGUCUUAAUGCCAGCCCUGGCAACCCCAUUAAAAAGGGGUCGCGACCCACUUUGGGGUCCUGACCGACAGUUUGAGAACCACUGAUGUAGA